AUGGUCACUAAAGAAGACUUUUUCAAAUACUAUUUUUCUAUAGUCCUUUCUAGAAAUGCGUCCAAAAAUUGGCUGCGACGGAUACGAAAAUCUAUUUGGGAUAAAAAUUUAGUUUUAAAACUUGUGAUUGAUCAGGAGGGACGUAGUACAAACGCAAUUUUUAUCAACUCCUCGACUUGCUGGACCCUUGGAAUUCUGGAUUCUCAACUUGUCAAAGCCUCCUUCACAACUACAAAUGAACAUGGACAUUCUGAAACUUUUGAGAGGAUUAUGAAAGUUAAAAUUGAGGAUUCUGUAAAAAUUGGAAGUCUUCGAAUAUCCAGAUGUGAUGUUUUCAAUAUUUUUGGGGAGGAGGAAUUCAUAGAGAGCGUUGUUAUAAAUAAUCUGACACCGAUUUUCAAAUUAUGUGGGCCACCGAUUCCUGUGGCGGAGGAUGCAAAAUUAUCAUUGAUUCGACAACCAGGAAUUCCAAAGCACAUUCGACUGGACAAGAAUCAUCUGGAGCAGAUUUUGAAAAAUCCAAACAUCUUCUACAAAAAUGACGUCAUUCAAAUCACCGACUACAACGUCUACACUGACACCACCACCAAUCUAUUCUACAAACUCGACAUCUCCACAUCUCCAUGCAUUCUAGACUCCACCACAUCUGUCUAUGAAACCUCCGCUGUCUCCCAUAUGCUUCCAUUUUCCAACUUCUUGCUCCGUAACCCCUUGACGUCUUCUAUGAAGUCUACCGUCGAAAGAAUGACUCAUAUCUAUUAUGCACAACGUCGUCUAACAAAGAAGGCGUUGGUUUUCUUGGUCACCGGAGCUUCUGGAUCUGGGAAACGUCUUCUGAGUCAGGUGUUAGCCGCGAGGACUCAUAGGAGCUUUUAUGAAGUUGAUGGCUAUGAGAUGGUCACAGAGAAUGCGUCGGCUGCAGAAUCCAAAUGGACGUCAUUGUGGGAGAAGGCAAAGUUGUUGAAGAGCUGCUUGCUAUUUGUGAGAAAUGCCAAUGUUUUGGCUAUUGAUCAGUUCAAUGCGUUGGACCGUCGAAUCCUUCAACACAUUGAACUGAAACUCUCGGAGCCAUCCAAACUCACCGUCGUUUUCUCUUCCACCACCGACAUGCUCAGCUCCAUGUCCCCAAAUGUCAAAAAUCUAGCCCUCUAUACAUUUUCCGCGGAUUUUAUGGAUGAGAGUGAGAGAAGGUUUUGGCUCCAAUACCAUUUGAAGGAGAAGCUGGCAAGCCAUGUGGCAAAGAAGACGUCAGGUUUCUCAUUGGCAGAAUUACAAGAGCUAGUGAAAAAUGGGAAGAAAGUGGUGGCCACCAGUGAAGAUAAACUUUAUGAGGAUUUGAUAGACAAUAGGAAUUCAAAUUUUGCGGAUGCGAUUGGAGCACCAAAGAUCCCAAAUGUUCGAUGGGAGGAUGUUGGAGGUCUUGAGGAAACGAAACAAACAGUUUCAGAAAGUAUUCGAACUAAUUUAUUUGGGUCUAGAGCCCUUAAAAGAUCUGGAAUCAUUCUCUACGGAUCGCCAGGAUGUGGGAAGACCCUGAUAGCGAAAGCAGUGGCGACAGAGUUCAAAAUCGCAUUUCUCUCUGUCAAAGGACCAGAACUUCUCAAUAAAUACGUAGGACAAAGUGAAGAAAAUCUGCGAAAAGUGUUCGAAAGAGCCAAACAAGCGUCGCCCUGUGUGAUUUUCUUCGAUGAAAUCGAUAGUUUGGCUCCAAAUCGAGGAAGAAAUGGGGAUUCGGGAGGAGUGAUUGAUCGGAUUGUGUCCCAAUUGUUAGCUGAACUGGACAAGCUUCAUAACUCUCCACUGACAAAAGUUUUUGUCAUGGGAGCCACGAAUCGACCGGACCUUUUGGAUAAUUCUUUAAUGACACCUGGAAGGUUUGAUAAGUUGGUGGAAGUGAAGCCAGGAGAGGAUGUGGAAUCGAAGAGGAAGAUUUUGGAGGCUGUGUCGAGGAAGAUGAAUUUUGAUAAGGAUGUGGAUUUGAAAGAAAUUGCGAGUAAAGUCGAUGAAAAAAUGUCCGGUGCCCAGCUAUUUUCAAUUAUCUCCAACGCGGGAAUGGCUGCAAUUGUGGAGACAAUCGAAAAAAUCGAAAGCGGCAAAACUGAAAAUCAAAGUGUACGGGUUGCACAAAGACACCUUCUGGACAGUGUUCAAAAGUUUCACGACACUAAACUUUAA